AUGCGGAAGAUGGCCCCACCUAUGGAGCCGAGCUGCCACCAACUUCGGAAUUGCAUCAUGUCGAGUAACGAACCUGGAGAGCGCCAAGAAUUUGAAGAUGUGCCUCGGUGGCACACAAAGAAGAAAUUCGCAUGA